GAAAUGUCACGUGCACCCACUUUUAUCAGUACAUUUGUAACAGACAUUACGAAAUGUAUAUUCGAUCAAAUAAGCCUCACGUAAUUCGACACUCUCGUAGACCUCCAUACAAAAAGGUUUUUAGCUCACGGAGACAGAUUUUGGGCGGAGUAAAUCCUCUCGCUUCUCUUCCUCUCUGUUGGCGGCCAUAAUAAACCCCUGUGCGUGAAAUCAGUGGAUGAGAGACGGUUGAGGAACACGGCCGUAACAAUCUAUUUUUCAGUAUCAAGACGCGUUUCUCAUACAUCUAUAUAUUUUUUUCUCUCGAGAACUGACAUUAUUUACGUGGAUAUAAUAUUAUGGUGUGAAGAUGGCCUGACUGCCGGGGACGGAAUGUUAAUCUCACCAACAUAUCCGCGUUGACCAGUAUCUCUACUCCUGGGACUUGAACAUGGAUAUCGCCGAUGGAGCGGAGGAUCUUUCCUUGGAGGAGAUUUUAUCGUUGUACAGCCAGCCGAUCAACGAAGAGCAGGCAUGGGCUGUUUGUUACCAAUGUUGCAGAACUUUGGCUCGGAAACACCGCAGGAGAAAUUCCCAGACUUCUGGCUCAUCUGUUGGGGAUUUGACGAGAAGGAUUGAAGGACCUGGCGAUGUACGGAUUCUGAGAGAUGGAACAGUUCAAUUGCACCACCAAGACAGCGCAGAUAAAUACAGACCUCCCAACACGUCCUUAGAGGUGAUUGAAUCUCUGGGAAUCAUGAUCUACAAGGCGUUGGACUACAGUCUGAAGGAGAGCGAGGAGAGAGAGCUCAGUCCGCCUCUGGAGCAACUCAUCGACAUGAUGACCAACAUGGCAGAGAAGGAGAGGGACAGUGACCCCUGCCCUGAUGAAGGUUACGAGGCCACCGAGGAGGAGGAAGACGAGGAAGACCCAAACACUGUCUGUAAUGUAAAAGGAUUCAGAGACAUCAUCAUGCUGUGUACGUCCCACCUGCCCAGCCCCUCUGAUGCCCCUAACCACUACCAGGCUGUGUGUCGGGCGCUCUACGCCGAGACCAGAGAGCUACGCAGCUUCCUGGAGAAGAUUAGGAGCGCUAAAGAGAACCUGCGGCGGAUGGAGGGAGACACUCGAGAGGAACCAGUCAGAGAUCUCAACGAGCUACAGAACGCUGACUGGGCUAAGUUCUGGAUGCAGGUGAUGGGUUUGUUGGGGGUCAAGCUGAAGAAGGUCCAGGAGAGACAGUACAGCCCUCUACCUGUAGAGUUCCAGCUCACACCUUAUGAGAUGCUGAUGGAUGACAUCCGCUUCAAACGAUACAAACUACGGAACGUCAUGCUGAAUGGGGACAUCCCUCCCAGGUUAAAGAAGAGCGCUCAUGAGGUCAUCCUGGACUUCAUCCGCUCCAGACCACCUCUCAACCCUGUUGCUGCCAGGAAGCUGAAGCCCCACCCUGCGCGGCCGCAAAGUCUCCAUGAGCGCCUCCUCGAGGGCAUCAAACAGGAGAGGAAGCUACGGCCUGUAUCACCUGACAUGACCCGGCGUAAUCACCUGGGAGCAGUCAAAAGCAUCAGCACCCCUCAAGAUCUGAACCGCAGCUCAGACCUGUCCACUCCGGAUGUCCUCAGAAAGCACGCCAGCAGCACCCUGGCCCUGUCCUGUCCACCAGCGCACGGGGUGGGAGGGGCUCUUGGUCAGAGGAAGAGGCUCCUGAAGGCACCCACGCUGGCUGAACUCUACAGCUCCGAGUCUGAUGAUGAGCCCAGUCACAGCUCCUCCAGUUUGUCAGCAUCCAUGUUGGACGCCUCGUCUCCGGGAUCUGUCCUGGGGAAGAACACACCCCCUAGGUUCCUGCCCAUCACCAUGACUCCCCAGCCUGACAGUCGCCCCUCCCCUCAGAGGAGACACUCCAUUGAGAAGGAGCCCCCCACCAGCGUACGACCCUUCACAGCCCCCACCAGACAGAGCUCCAUGUCUCUGGUGGAAAACCCCGCCCCCAGCAGUGGUGCUAAGGUGGAGGACUUCUGCUACCCUGUAGAGUGUCUGGCUCUAACAGUAGAAGAGGUGAUGCACAUCAGACAGGUUCUGGUCAAAGCUGAGCUGGAGAAGUUCCAACAGUACAAAGACGUCUACAACGAACUGAGGAAAGGAAAGCUGUGUUUCUCCUGUCAGACUAAAAGGUUCUCCUUUUUCACCUGGUCCUACACCUGCCAGUUCUGCAAAAGGCCUGUGUGCUCGCAGUGCUGUAAAAAGAUGAGACUUCCCUCUAAGCCGUAUGCCAACCUGCCCGUCUCCUCUCUGGGUCCUACUGCCACUCUACCCAGGGAGGAGGCUGGAGGGACAUCAGCCUUGGACACCCCAGAGAAGCCCUCGUCCAGCCACAGUCUGCGCCGGACUGUCUCCAGGUUAUCUGAACACAACAGCAGUGAGGGGUCUCGUGACGAGCCGGAGCUGGUUCUUCCCAAAGAGCUGACCGACGACUGGUGUACCAUGGAGGUCUGCAUCAACUGUAAGAAGUUCAUCUCUGAGAUAAUCUCCAGCAGCAAGCGCUCUCUAACCCUGGCCACCAAGCGAGCCUGUCUGAAGAGGAAGACCCAGUCCUUCUACUUGUCUUCACCUAACACAGACGAUUACAGACCCUCUGAGAGGACCAUCAACCAGGUUUAGACUACAGACGCUCUGAGAGGACCAUCAACCAGAUUUAGUUUUGCGGGUUAGACCUCUCGCUCUCUCGUCCGCUCCUUGGGGGACCCUGUUCCCUAGAUAGUGCACUACAUUUGACCAUGGACCCUGGUAGUGCACUACAUCAGAGUUCAUGUCACUGUGUGGAGUAUUUAGCAUGACUCACAGUACUCUGAACCCUGGCUGUCACAGUACUCUGAACCCUGGCUGUCACAGUACUCUGGACCCUGGCUGUCACAGUACUCUGGACCCUGGCUGUCACAGUACUCUGUGGACCCUGGCUGUCACAGUACUCUGUGGACCCUGGCUGUCACAGUACUCUGUGGACCCUGGCUGUCACAGUACUCUGUGGACCCUGGCUGUCACAGUACUCUGUGGACCCUGGCUGUCACAGUACUCUGUGGACCCUGGCUGUCACAGUACUCUGGACCCUGGCUGUCACAGUACUCUGUGGACCCUGGCUGUCACAGUACUCUGUGGACCCUGGCUGUCACAGUACUCUGGACCCUGGCUGUCACAGUACUCUGGACCCUGGCUGUCACAGUACUCUGUGGACCCUGGCUGUCACAGUACUCUGUGGACCCUGGCUGUCACAGUACUCUGUGGACCCUGGUCUAAAGUAGAACAGGGAAUAGGGUGCCCUUUGACACGCUAUCAUAAUGUCUCAGCUCUGUGCUGCUCAUCACUGUGUAAUAAUGAUAGAGAUGGCCAUUGUAGAAGACGUGUUAGUAUAUACUACCUACCUGUAAUGGUUCUAGACAGAUGGUCAGUGUGUUAGUAUAUACUACCUACCUGUAAUGGUUCUAGACAGAUGGUCAGUGUGUUAGUAUAUACUACCUACCUGUAAUGGUUCUAGACAGAUGGUCAGUGUGUUAGUAUAUACUACCUACCUGUAAUGGUUCUAGACAGAUGGUCAGUGUGUUAGUAUAUACUACCUACCUGUAAUGGUUCUAGACAGAUGGUCAGUGUGUUAGUAUAUACUACCUACCUGUAAUGGUUCUAGACAGAUGGUCAGUGUGUUAGUAUAUACUACCUACCUGUAAUGGUUCUAGACAGAUGGUCAGUGUGUUAGUAUAUACUGCCUACCUGUAAUGGUUCUAGACAGAUGGUCAGUGUGUUAGUAUAUACUACCUACCUGUAAUGGUUCUAGACAGAUGGUCAGUCCAUGAGUUGUGGAAUAGACCGUUUGGAUUUGUUGUUCUACUGAUUACACACUGUCUCCAGAUUGACAACAGAACUAAACAAGGUUGAAUUCAUUCCACCUGCUUGUUUAAUGAUCUGAAUUCCUCUCUCUCUUUACUACCCUGUAAUGUUAUGUAGGUCCCUUUUAAGAAGUGGUGAUGAAGAGGCACCCUAAAUGGUGUAACCCCUAACUCGGCAUGGGUUCUCGUCCCCUAACCCCUAGUCUCAGGAACCAUUGGGUUAGUGUAUUGAUACAGCUGUGGAUGGACGACUAGCUAGCCACUGACAGAACAACUCCCUCACAGUAUAAUAGUACUUCACUGAACUGUCUACCACAGUAUAGAUGAGCUACUAGAGUACUGAACCAUUACUUAUUCUCAUGUUAUGUGAAUAAUAUUUAGAGGCGUUGAAGGAACAAUCAGGCAGAUGCUGAGAUCACCGAGGUGGAGCCAAGAUGAUAUAUAUUUAACAGUAGUGUGGUCGGUCGGUGAGACCUCUAGGCCCCGUCCAGAGUUAAGAUGUUAAUUAACAAACGACUAGUUUCUGUUACUCUCAGGAAGAACAGGCCCUUUGGCUCCGUCCCAGGCACCCUAUUCCCUACAUAGUGCACUACCAUUUGGGACAAAGCCCUUGUCUAACAGGCAAUGCUCUAUAGAGCCAUCAGUCAGGUCUUAACAAGCUCAUUUCCAGUUUCCAUAGAAAUAAAAUGCCUAAGGUAGUGUCUGCCACUCCCCAGCCCCAGCCAAUACAAUUAAACCAAAUGACAUGCCUAAGGUAGUCUCUGCCACUCCCCAGCCCCAGCCAAUAAAAUUAAACCAAAUGACAUGCCUAUGUUAGUCUCUGUCACUCCCCAGCCCCAGCCAAUACAAUUAAACCAAAUGACAUGCCUAUGUUAGUCUCUGCCACUCCCCAGCCAAUAAAAUUAAACCAAAUGACAUGCCUAAGGUAGUCUCUGCCACUCCCCAGCCAAUACAAUUAAACCAAAUGACAUGCCUAAGGUAGUCUCUGCCACUCCCCAGCCAAUAAAAUUAAACCAAAUGACAUGCCUAAGGUAGUCUCUGCCACUCCCCAGCCC